GGCAGCUUUCGACCGCUUAUUUCCCCCCACUCAGUCAUACUUCAAAACUUUGCUUGUUCAUUUCGAUCGCUUACUCAUUUCAGACCCUGCCUACCACGGGCCUAUCUUUAUGACUAUAUAUGUAAAUGUGGGGGCAGCUGUUGGUCUUCCCGCUCCCUCUUUGGCGCGAACCUCAUUCACGGAAUUGCCGUGGUUCCUUCCUUCGUGCACAAUGGGCUUGAAGUCGACCUCCUUUUUCCUGAUCCGCCCUUACGGCUUCCAACCACCCGUCCGUAUCCUCAAGCACUGCAAGAUUUUUUGGGUUUGCUAUUAAUUACUAGAGAAUUGUAACAUUCCCCAGCAGCAGGAAAAAACCGUUAAGAUUCAGCUUUUUGGGACAUUGCUUUUGAUGGGGACUGCAACCUUCUCUGCUGAUGGUUUUUUGUUUUGCUUUGGGGGAUACAAUCUUGCUGCCCCAGAAUCGUCCUGUGCUGCAGGAUCGUCCUCUAUAAAGGACAGAACAGAAGGGCUCCUGCUUGAGGUUGAUGUGCUGCCCUGAGAACCUGUCCAAGUACCUAACACUGCACUGGGUCUUAUAUGCUGUCUUUUCACAUAAUCUAAUGAAGAACAAGAUGAAAGAAGUCUGGUCUCAAUUUCCUAAUCAGACACCAAGCACUGUAAAGACUGGAGUUAAAAUGCCCAUCUCACCCAUGAGUCUCAGCUGCCACUUAUGGAUGGAUCCAGGAUUGUUGAACUCAGGCUGAACCUGGGGAGCAGCUCCAUUUUUCCCAAUGGAUAUUCUGGAUUUAUCAAAUAUUCUUACCUGGAGAAUCUGCAGAUCAACAACAUCUUUCAAGAAACAAGAUAUUUUAGUAUGGACUGGCAUUUGGCACCCUGAGUUAAGCAGGAUAGCAUCGUUAUUUAAGAUGAGUGAGGUAAUAUACACCAAGAAUCCUGAGGAAGAUGAAGUGCUUGUUAAUAACAAUGGAAAUGCACAGGAUGGAUAUGCGCAAAAUGGAUCAAGGAAUCACUAUUCAGAGCAAGAGAGACGUACUGGCAGUGGAUGCUCAGGGGUGGGAAAACUGUGUGGUGAUAGAGUUAAUACAAAGUUCAGCAAGACGGUUAUUUACAAGACACUAAUUAUAAUAUUGGCUUUAUUGCUGAUAGUCUUUAUCAGUCUCUAUGCUACUGAGCGUGCAGCAAACCGCAAACAGCCACCAGUUGAAACUUCAUGCCUCCAAGGCUGGAUUAUGAAUAAAGGGAUGUGCUACUUGUUCUCUGCAACUGACGAGACCUGGAGCUCCAGCCAAAGCAAUUGUUCUUCAUACGGUGGCUCCUUUGUGACAAUUGAUACUCAAGAGGAAAGGGAAUUUGUAGAGCGCAAGGCAGAUACUGACUAUUGGAUUAACCUCCAGAGGGAGAGUGUAGAACAGCCCUGGAAAUGGCCAAAUGGGUCUCUUGUCGACGACCGGUUUCAAAUUGGAGGCGAAGGACUCUGUGCCUAUCUGAACGAUAAAGUGGUCAGCUCAACGUACUGUGACCAACGUCGAAACUGGAUAUGCAGGAUGCCUGUCCUUGGUGCUAAGAGGGAAGCCUUGCUAUAAGUGGAGAAGUGUGGAACUUCUGGAAUAACUCCACUUGCAGUACUGAGUCACUUAUUUCCAUACAAUGUGACUGUCGGGACUCUGUCCCCAUUUCAGUGAAUUCCAGGGGCACGUCUUGUAAAUAUGUAAAUUUACAUGUAAAUUAUAAUUUAGAUAAUACAUUAAACCAUUUAUUAAAACA